AGCCUUGAAGAACAUGUGGUGGGAGUUUCAGGACUCGUGUUUGUCAAAUGAGAUUCUUCAUGCAAGAACGUAGGGCUGACGCGAGUGGGAAGCCAAAGUUGGCGGGGUGCGGGGCACUUUUGGCGGGCCGCUCGCUGGGUGCACCCAAUAAAAUUUUCGAGAUCCCGAUACAGAAUCAAAACUCGAUUCUGCAGGCAGGACGGCACCUUCCACCUCAGCGCUAGAACGCAUCGCCAAGCAACGGACAGAUACUCACAUUUCGAAAUGGCGAGGACUAAGACGAAGAAGGAGGAGUCCGUUGAGCCCGGAUCUGACGUUGUCAUGGACGAGGUGCCGACAUCUCACCAGCCCGAGAGCAGGGAUGAUAUGUCGGUGGACGAGGAUGAGAACGAUGAGGUCGAAGUUGAGGACAAUGACGCGGAAGUGGAGGAUGAUGUCCAACGAGUGAGGCUGCUCCCUGGCUCAACACCCACCGCCGCCUCCUUCGAGUUUCUUAACGAGGGCCACACCCUCGGGAAUGCCCUCAGGUAUAUCAUUAUGAAGAAUCCCGACGUUGAGUUCUGCGCAUACGCAAUCCCGCAUCCCUCAGAGCCAAAGAUGAACGUCAGGAUCCAAACUUUCGACAGUACGACCGCGGUUGAGGCGUUGGAAAAGGGGCUACGCGACCUGCAGGAGCUCUGUGACGUCGUCACUGAUCAGUUUGUCGUUGCGAGGGAAAAGUUCAUGGCGAAGUAGGCUUCACACAUUCCUACUUCCUUGGUUUCAACUAAAGGACGGCGUCUGGGCGUUGGUUGAGGUCUGGUUAUGCAUAGUAGAGGGCACUCUUGGGU